AUAGAAACGCCUGCAUCGAACAAAUUCAAAUCACUGGAUUAGCUUCUAAGCAGCUUCUUCUCUCAGUAAAGAAGAAGACCCAAAAUACUACGCAAAAUAAAUAAAAAAACUGUAAAAGAAACAGGUUACACUACCAAAGAGAUCAAAUCAGAAGCAAAGAAAUGAGGGCCAGCAAUCAUUUGAUAGGGUUACUAAACUUCUUAACAUUUUUGUUAUCAGCAGUAAUCCUGGGUGGCGGAAUAUGGCUAAGCAGCAGAGCCAACAACACCGAUUGUCUCAAGUUCUUACAGUGGCCAUUGAUAGUCAUCGGAGCCGCAAUCAUGGUGGUUUCCUUGGCGGGUUUCGCCGGCGCCUGUUAUAGGAACACGUUCUUGAUGUGGCUUUACCUCUUCGCCAUGUUCUUCAUCAUCGCUGCGCUCGUCGGGUUCAUAAUCUUUGCCUACGCGGUGACUGAUAAAGGGCCUGGUCGCCCGGUGAUGAACAAAGGUUACUUGGAGUAUUACUUGCGGGACUACUCGGGGUGGCUCAAAGACCGAGUGGUGGAUGACGACUACUGGGCUAACAUUAGGUCUUGUCUUAGGGAUUCUAAAGUUUGUAGCAAGAUGGGAAGAAGCUUUAAUGGCGUCCCUGAAAGUUUUGAAAUGUUUUCUAUGAGGAAGCUCAGCCCUAUCCAGUCUGGUUGCUGCAAGCCCCCCACAGACUGCGGCUUUGUUUACUUCAACGAGACGCUAUGGAACAUAGAAGGAGGUACGGUCGGACUCGGAACCGACACCGACUGCCCUCGAUGGAGCAAUGACCAACAGCAAUUGUGCUAUCAAUGCGAUUCCUGCAAGGCAGGGGUGCUGGACAGCCUCAAGAAGAGCUGGAGGAAGGUCUCGGUGAUCAACAUAGUUGUCCUUAUCCUACUCGUCAUCUUCUAUGUCAUCGGCUGUGCCGCUUUCAGAAACAAUAAGAGGAUCGAUAAUGAUGAACCUUAUGGCGAGGCAAGGAUGACAAAAGCACAACCUAGUAGGAUUCAGUUAUAGAAACCUAAUGGUAAUGGAGGCCAUCGCUUUUAUUCAGAAGAUAUGUUUGUAUGUAUGUUUUAGGUUUUGGAUCCAUUUUAUGGUCGGUUUGACAAAUGAACUUGAAUUUGGUUUUGUUUUAAGAGUGGCUUUCUGUA